AUGAUGAACCGCUCGCUUCUACGUGCGGCUGCGCGCUCUUUACAAGCUGGACCCGCCGCUAGCCGGCGCUAUGCCUCAUCCGCCGUGUUUAACUGGGAAGACCCCCUUGUCGCAGCGGAGCUGCUCACAGCAGAGGAGCUGGCAAUCCAGGAAACUGCACGACAGUAUUGCCAGGACAAAUUACAGCCACGGAUUCUUGAGGCCUACCGCAACGAGGACUAUGACCGCCGGAUCCUCGAAGAGAUGGGUGAGCUCGGCCUGCUGGGCGCCUCAAUUGAGGGUUACGGCUGCGCUGGCGUCAGCACUGUCGCCUCCGGUUUGAUCACCAAGGAAGUGGAGCGAGUUGAUAGUGGAUACCGGUCGGGCAUGUCGGUGCAGAGCUCCCUAGCCAUGACAGGUAUCUAUGAGUUUGGUACGGAGGAGAUGAAGGAGCGACUUUUGCCCGGACUGGCAUCGGGCAAAGUUUCUGGCUGCUUUGGGCUGACAGAGCCCAAUCACGGCUCCGACCCCGGUUCCAUGGAGACCGUUGCGCGCGGGCACCCCACGCAGAAGGGCGUGUACCUUUUGACCGGAAGCAAGACCUGGAUCACCAACUCCCCCAUUGCGGACCUGGCGCUUGUGUGGGCUAAGCUCGAGUCUACAGGCAAGAUUCGCGGAUUUGUUGUUGAGCGAUCCAAAUGCCCGCCCGGUACAUACGAGACCCCCGCUAUUAAGAAUAAGACUGCGCUGCGCGCAUCCAUUACGGGUAUGAUCCACAUGGAUGACUGCCCUGUUGGUGUGGAGAACAUGUUGCCCGAUGUUGAGGGUCUCACCGGUCCGUUUACAUGCUUGAACAGUGCGCGUCUGGGCAUCGCCUUUGGCAGCAUGGGUGCAUUGGAGGACUGCCUUGCUCGUGCGCGUGAAUACAGUCUUGAGCGCAAGCAAUUCAAGGGUAACCCCUUAGCCAAGUACCAGCUUAUUCAGAAGAAGCUGGCUGAUGCGGCGACGGAUGCUGCUUACGGCACGUUGGCGGCCGUGCAGGUGGCUCGUCUCAAGGACGCCGGCAAGGCCACCCCGGAGAUGAUUUCGAUGAUCAAGCGUCAGAACUGUGAUCGUGCGCUGCAAAACUCCCGGAUUUUGCAAGAAGUGUUUGGCGGCAAUGCCACCAGCGAUGAGUACCACAUCGGGCGUCAUGUAGCCAAUCUGUUUGUGGUGCAAACUUAUGAGGGUCAGAGCGAUAUUCAUGCCUUGAUUCUGGGUCGGGCCAUCACAGGCAAGCAGGCCUUUGUUUAA